CUAUUUUAGAAGGGUUGACUGUAUCUUGAUAACUAAUAUAUUUUUUUCAGAUUUUAUUAAAUUAGUUUAUUCUGUAAUCUAAAAUCUAGUAAAUGAAACCUAUAUUACAAAAAUUAAAUUGGGUAAUUAAUACAUUUGAUUUAAAACUGAAUAAAGUUUGUUUUUGGACAAAUCAUUUUAUUUGAACAAAGCUUGGCAGACACCGCAGCGGUAUUUUUUGGCUUGUCUGAGAUUUUUGCCAAUAGGUAUAGCGAUUUUUUGGUAUUGAUUUGCCGCUCUCUUGUCGGUAAGAGUUGAAAGCAUAGGUUCGGAGUGCCUUACGUUGCCCAAUCCGUUCGAUUCAUUCAAUUUGAAAUCGGACAGACGAAACGAGACGGACGGAAGAAGACGGAUUCCAAUCGGAACCUUUCGGCGCCGGACCGGCACUUAUUGAUUUAUUUGCGGAAAUUGAAGAGAAAGCUGUAAAAUGCCUAAAAAACAACCAAGGAACUCAUUUUAUUUCUUCAUGUUGGAUUUUAAGGAAGAGCAAAGGAAAAAGGGGAUCCAAUAUGCUAACAUGGCAGAAAUUGCAAAUGCUGCAGGACCCCUCUGGAGAGAAGCUCCACAAUCAGUGAGGGUUAAAUUUGAAGCCAUUGCCAAGGAGGAAAAAGAAAAGCGCAAUAUUCCACUACAGAAGUUUACAUCCACUGGGGUUCCUUUGUCAGAGAUUGAGAGGCAAAAUAGAGAACUUCAAGAGGCUGCAGAAGCAGAGAAACAAGACAUUAAUGAUUUGAUAAAAUUGAAAUGUUUUAAUAAAGCAAUAUAUUGGGAAGAUUUCUACUUGAUGGAUGUGAACUAUUACUGCAAAGUGGACUCCACCUACUUGAUCGGAGAGUUUGCAGUGUUACGAUUCAAUCUACGGGAUGGUAUCAAAGAACAGUAUCAUAAGAAUAUCAACCCUGGACACAUCCCGACGGGAUACGCAUCAGACGUGAAGCACGGCAGCCAGGAGUUAGGUCUGGAAAUGCCGGACGAAGACCCGCAGAAGCGCACCGACUACAUCCACAUCCUUGCGUACAUCAUAGACUAUCUCCACCAACACAACCAAGAGGACAGGCCCAAUUCUCAGCGUCCAGAUAUGAAGAACUUUCCCCCGAUAUUCACUGUGCCGGAAAAAGUGGAGGCGGUUCAAGAUUUUAUUAUUCAGCUGUGCAACAAGGCUUCUGAAGACGACUCAUUAUUCCGCGUGUACCGUUUGGACACCCUGCUGUUCACAUUGGUGAAUGGGCUGGCCAGCUCCAAGGAGAUGAUGCUGCCUAAAGAAUCGCUGGCCAUGGGUCACCUGAAGCAAGACGGCUUUAAAUACACGCCUGGACUCGGUUGUCAACACCACGAGGACUUGGACAAGUCUACGGAGUGCGCCAAGUCGCGAGUGACGCGCUGGGCGUACUCCGUGCUCGACCUGGCGCUGCCUCGCACGGACGUCGAACCCGCGCCCGGGAAACACGUGCCGCACGAUUACAACAUCGAGGGAAUACUUCAAUUUAAAGAACAAAGAAAAGUCCGAGCUGGACCAAGUGUUGCAAGCCCUUCAGCAGGUCCAUCGUGCUCUUCCACAGCCAAUACAUCGCUGAACGACAGCACCGCCUCUACAAGUUUCACCAGAGCUCUCAGGACACAUACACCACUGCGCAAGCCAAAUAUGGAUUUUGCUUCAAAGCUUCGCGUUGCGCCAGAAAUUACCGAGCAGGACUUCAAGCCUAUUACUUCAAGGCGGACUGGUCGGGGCCGCGGUGAUCUCGCCGGCAGUUUCAACAAUAUGAACAUUUCCAAGUAAACGUGCCAUCGCAAUUCUUAGUCUUGUCAAAGUUAAUAUGUUAGUUAUAAGCGUAUUUCCUUACUUCCUGAUAACUUAUGUAGAUACGUAAAAUACUUCCAUGGUAUUUGGCGUGGGGCAUCGUUAAUGUUAUAUCUAGCAAUUUCUUACUACGGUUUUAUUCAGUUAACUAUUUGUGGAAAAUAUAAUAAUAGAAAGAGUUUAUUCCACUUUGGUCACCUGGGUGAUCAAAAUGAACAAGAUUGGAUUCCACAUUUUUUGAUUCAAGUCACCAAUUUCAAUUAGAAAAAGUAAACGAAUAAUGGCUCAUUUUAAAUAUUCCCUUUUUCUCUCAAAUGCCCCGCGCCUUAUUGCGUCAUAGUAAGAGUGACAUUGUAACAAAUAAAAUUUAAAUUACCAAUCAUAUCAUUUCAAUUACAUACUAUUUUCUACUUAAGGAUUGAAUAUUGGAUGGACGACUGCAAGUAAAGGAUGUGAUACUAAAGGGUAACUAAACUUAAGGUUGUAAUUUGAAUAAGUUUAUAAGUUUGGCUGUUUCUUUUAAAAAGAAACAGUCUUUUUUAUUUUAAGCCUAACGAAGUGGUAGCUGUGAUCGUUUGUUGUUACGUAAUUAUAAUUUUGGAUUUUUAAGAAUCCUGUAAUACCCAUUUGCAGUAAUGUGUCUUAACUUAAAACAUUCACAAUUAUAUUAGUAGCAAACUUUCUCAGCACUAUGUUAAAACUGAUCAAGAAAUUUUAUUGACCUUAUCUAAAGACACAUAAAAUAUUUUUCUAUCAAUUAUGGUUACGGUAUUGCAAAGUUAUUUUCUUUUUUGUCGAAAUAGAUUAUUUUUUGACAAAACUUCAACCCCACCUAAAUAAAAUAAAUUUGUUCUACCGUACGUUACGUUCAUUCAUGCGUCUUUUUUAGUUAGUUCUAUAAGUAAAAGCGUAUUCAGAAUUUAAACUUAAUAUCGGGGUCAACAAAAACAAACUGUACCUACGUAGAUAGACGGAAAACUAUAAUGCAGUGUAAAAAUUUAUUGGGCUAUACUAAUGUCUAUUUUUGGUACUGGUACCUAUUAAGCUUGAUCUUUCAAACACGAUCAGUCAAGAAACAAACUUCUAGGAUUAAUUGUACUGCAGUUCAGUAAAGAGUCUAUAUUAAUCACGGUUUCUAGCUAAAAGUAUUCUGAAAAAAAUUAAGAUUCAAACUCAAGAUAAUGUUGUUAUAAUGUAAGUAUCUUAAGCAAAUGGGCGUUAGGAUUUUUCACGAACCACUAAAUUUUUUUAAUGGAAACGAAGCCACUUAUUACCUAUUUUUUUUGUAAAAUUCUGUCUCCAACAGUUAUAAUGUCUUUUCGAUUUUAAUAUUGUAGAAAAAGCUCAUAAACUUACAAGAAAUAUUGACAUAUACAUAAUUAAUCUCAAUGUUGUGACCGUUGCAAUCAUUAUAAAGGUAGCAAUUCAAUAAAUCGGUGUUUUCCUCUUGAUGUACUAGUCAAUAUAAUAAAUAUAGGGUGGGAAAAUAUCUUCAUAUUUUCACAUAUUGAAAACAUAAUAUAAAUUGUAGAAAUAUUUGUCAACGUUGCCUUUGAAUUCCUUAAAAUAUUUACUCAUUAUUUUAAAGGUUAAUAAAAAAUUUAAUUGACAAUAUGCUGAAACUUUCUUCGUCCCUACUAAUAAUAAGAAGUAUUAUAUUGAUCGUCAAAUACAUAGAUAUUUUGUAAUUAUCAGAGAACGUCAAACAGCCUACUUAUUAUUUACAUGUUCAAUUACUCAUUUCCAUUAUAGAUUUUUAAGUUUCAUAUUAUGAUGUUUCCUUAUUAAGAAGAUUUAAGAAUACUCUUUGUUAAAUACCAAAUUGUUUAUAAUUAG